UCGUAGGUGUGCGGUCUGUCUCUCCCACACUUGGUCCCGGCUACGCGCGUCCACAGUCACCUCGCCGACCCAUGACAAAGGAACGCCGUCGCGCGUACUCGCCGCGCCAUGCACAGACACGACGUAACGCGUCUCCAUCGUGAGCUGUGAUACAGCGUGGAUGUUAAAGAUCAUAAUUAAUCGACGACGUGUAAUGGUGUCUGCUUGACUCCCGUGUCCCGAUCCUCCGGCGGAGGAACGUGCCUUUCCAUCGACCACAUCGACGCCGAUUCGAAAACGACCCAGGGUCAUCCACCCUGCGCCCGAGCAGUUUCGCGAACUCGCGUUGUCCUCCGAACGCGAUCUGUGUUUUCCUGCUCCUCUCGGCCCACCACGCCGUCGUCCUCUCCACGGUCUUAUCGAAUUUUCACCGUACGGACCCGAGGCCUGCCGCUUUCCACGGACAAACCCGCUUUGGCAACCGAUCGCCAGCGUCUCUUUUUGGCGGACGAAACAGUGGGAGACGGGAGGACGGCCAAGGGACGGGCGAGAGGACGAAUGAAAAUAGCGAGGAUGAAAGUAACGGGAAGGGAUGAAUUAGCCGUGGUGUGACCGUGAUAGUCAUCGAGAAGGGGGCACCAGGAGCGGGUCAGCGGUCGUCGUUAGGGACUUUGCGCGAGAAGGAACCCCAGGGGCUGACCAGGAAUGGCUACGCCGCCGGACUCGCCCGGACCGGAAGAGGCACUUUUCGAUUUCGAGAGCACGAGAACCAGGCAACAAACCGCCAGGCCGGUGGCUCUCGAAGAACUCCUCCGGCAAACCAAGUUCUCCAGGCAGGAAAUCCGAGUUAUGUACCGAGGUUUCAAGCAGGAGUGUCCGGAGGGUGUAGUGCACGAGGACUCGUUCAAGGACAUCUACGCGAAAUUCUUCCCCCAUGGCAACUCCAGCCUCUACGCCCAUUACGUGUUCAAGGCCUUCGACGUAAACUGCAACGGCGCCAUCAGCUUCAGGGAUCUUUUGGUCACUUUAUCGACACUGCUGCGAGGCAGCAUCUACGAGAAGCUACGAUGGACGUUCAAGCUGUACGAUAUAAACGGCGACGGAUGCAUCACCAGAGGCGAGCUUGGGGAAGUCGUGACGGCGGUGCACGAGCUCAUGGGCAGACGACAUCACGCCGAGGAGGACAGAAAAGUCAGGGAACAGUUGGACAGGGUGUUCAAGAAACUCGACCUAAAUCAAGACGGCGUAAUAACGAUUGAGGAAUUUAUCGAAAGCUGCUUGAAGGAUGACGUGAUCACUCAGUCGCUGGCAAUGUUCGACUGCACGCUUUGAUCUCCGGCGAAGGAAGAGCCCACGGCAGUGACCACGACGCCGCCAACGCCGCUCUCCAUCACGACCACCUUCUCACAGUCCCAGUCGCCUUCGCCACCGCCGCCGUCCUACUCUCUGCUGCCACCGAUUCCACCGCCUUUGCCUUCUCAACCACCUCCAGGUUACACUGUUCAGGAUCAGGAGUUGUACAUGCUUCUAGCGGCGCACUGGUGGAAUCAACCGGAGGCACCGCUCUUUUGCUAAGGGCCGAGACAAACGCGAUUCCUGACGAGCACAAAAGCGUCCAGUUUCUGGAAAAGGAAGAGGGAGCCGAGCAACAAGGAAAUUCGCCGGAAUCUUGUGGGUUCGGUAAUACAAUUAAAUUUGUUCGUCGUGAGCGAACGAGCCGAGGAUGUUUCUUCUUGCGGAAGAGGUAUUUAACGUCACGUAAGUGAACCAAUCCGAGCACGUCCCGAUGCAAGGUACUGCGUGAGAGAGAAUAACGAUUUGUCAAUUGCGAGUUAACGGAUCGGUGUACGGGAUCGUUAAGCGACCGACGUCGGUGAAUUAGGAAUAUUAAAAAGAUAUCUAUCCGAUGUAAUGGUUGGAUUCGAAGAGGACCGCGAAACGAGAGAUUCGAGAUAGACGGCUUUUGAUAUCUUCGAGUUCUCGGGGUUCGUUUCGUCGAACGUUGUGGAGGAUAAUUUGUUAUUCCACGGAACGGAAAUGUUAAACGGACGAUGAGACGUAGCAGAGCAUUCGAUUUUUGUUGACUUCUGUGCCAAAACCCUCUAUAAAAACUAUUCUAUUUCUUUCGUAUGCGAUAGUAGGUUGCGAACGAUGAGGAAUUUCGAAAGAUACGAUUUUAUCCAAGGGAUUGAUCACGAUGAUCGAGACACAAGAUUACGCAGUGUUCCUGAGUUCGUUGGGCGAAAAGAAGCAAUCCAAACUCGCAAAUUGCAAAAUCGUAGUCUCGCGUACUGUGCCUCGGUUCCUUGCAAUCUUCAAAACCGCUGAAUUUGUUUUAAAAACAACAAGGUUACGUUAUCGUCGAUUGUUUUAACAGAAUAUGUAAUCCAGUACGGUUUGAAAAACAAGAAAACAGUCGCUAAAGGCGAGUGCAAUAUUCGAUGGAUAGAACUAUGGUUUUACAAUUUGUGAACCAAUGGCGAGUAGACAUUGUCGAUUUAGAUACAGUUUCUGUUCAAUGGCCAGAAUUCAGAAGUUCAGUCUGAAGGUUCAAUCUAAAUCAGUUUUUAGACAUUUGGUUUGAUUUGCUUUCUAAAGCACCAAAUAAAUUUGAAGAAUUUAAUGUCUGCAGAAUUCAAACUAUACAAAGGGUCGGUAGAAAAUUAAAAUAACAGUUUAUUUCGUAUUUUGAUCACCUCGUUUUCAUCGUACAUCAACAUUUUGGAUAGAUCUUAUACUUCUAGUCGGGGAACCACCGAUUUCAUUUAUUGUUCUAACAUGCUUUCCUUGAACGCCUAACCAAACAUUCUGUAGGUGUCGAAAAGGGAUUUAUUUCCAGACAAUCGUGCGUUUCGCGAAGUACCAUACGAGAAAAAGAAACAGUUCGUUCAUCGAUAUUAAAAUGGCGGUAUACGAGAACGAUGUAGUUCUGCUAAUGAAACGACAGUACGGUAUUACGUUUGUCAAUGAGAAACUCUGUAUUCCGGGUACACCCGUUUUCGAUAACGUUUGUAGAGAUAUCGUAGGGGUAAGCGAAUCGAGAAUCAAUUUUUUUAAGAGUCGAUUGUUAAAAUUCGUAGACACUAAGCGGACACACUGAGUAGAUAAGGUUAAAUCUCGUCGUGUAGAACGCGAGAGAAGUUUCCGUUAUUGCUCACCCAUGGUAAUGAAACACCAAACUGCAAUAAUUAACUCGUAAUAAACGACCGUAAUAAAAGCGAGUAAAUAACGAAAUUGCACACUGCGGUUCACGUUUAAAUUUCGAACGUCGAGUACAGGUAGUUUCUGAGCUUCUAGAGUGACCUUUUGUUUCUCGAGUACCCUUUUGUCGAUCAUAGCGAGCCACGAGGAACGAUUCGUUCGAUAAAGAAAUUCAAUAACAGGCAAAGUAGUAAUUUUUAGUGAAUUUUUAGCAAAUUGGACGUCCUAACCUCUUUUCGACUCAAUUGCGUAUUAUUAAUUCUAUUAUUGUAUUUGUGUACUGUUCUCAUUGCAUUGCAACUAAAAAACUCUCUAGCAAAAACUCUACCAUAACCUGUACGUUGAACUCGACUCCUUAUUCGUUCGAACGCACGUUAGUUUGUACCGUAUUCGAGGUAACGAACGAUUCGGAGCUAUAGUUACCUGGAAAUCGUCAGUCAAUGCUUUUCGUUUCUAUUCCAAUCCUUCGAAAUAGCGAAUGAAACGAAUUAGGGUCGUCAACCUAGGACAAGUUAAUCUAGAAUAAUAAAAAAUUUGUUAACUGUUAUCGUCUCUUUGUAGCACUGUCACUUGUUAAUCGACGAUAUCCCAUGUCACGGUGUUUCUAAUAGGGGAUCGACGAUGCAUAGGUUGCUAGGCACGUUCCUAUAACAACUGUUAGUUGAUAAUGACGUUGAAUUUUGGGUUAUUAGGGGAGAAGGAACAUCAGUGAACAGUUUUCGCCUUAUCGCACCAAACUUUCGCUAAAUCACCAUUUAGGUUAACUGUACAAAUCCUUAAAUUACAAAUCGUACUCUGAAACGAAUCUCUGGAUACGACAGGCGCCUCGGGGCCUUUUUCUUCGAUCGUUUGUCCGGUUUUGGAUUUAAAUCACGUUUUCUAACGACUGAUUAUAACGUUUUGAAUGCGUUCUCGCACUUUUAGGGCAUCUACAUAAGUAUCUCUUCCUCCGUCACAUUGUAUCGCACACGUUACAGCCGGUGAUGGGAAUGAUACCAGAGCAAAUUUUUCAUAACCUAAUUAUCAACCGUUUAAAAACAUACGAUUUCGUUGACUCGUGCAAUUGCACGUAUUCGGUAUCAUUCGCAUCACUGGUUGCAGUCUUACUAUUAAAAGAAAGAUUGAAAGUAUGUUACAAUCAAGAAUCCUUUACCCGUUGUUCCUAAAACGAAUGAAAGCGUAAAUGUAAGUGCGAGCACACUGCGAACGAACGAUUCCUCAAGUCUCUAACUCGUCGCGCCAAUUGAAAUAACCAGAUUUCCGCGAGUUCGGUCAGCGCGACCAGUUUCCCGCCUUAAACGACGCGACUGUCGCGCCAUUUUUGCGCAACUGCUCGGCUAGGGAUUUAGUCGAGUCGGUUGAGGUUGGACGUGCAGCGACCGUCUGGUGAUAAUUUUUGUCCAGUCGCGUUGUUCGGGCGGGAGAACAGUUUCCGGUCGAUCGACGAACCAAGAAUAAAGAAACUGUAACGAAAACGAUCGAGCCUUCAGCAUUCUCUGGUUAUUCGAAGUUUCUCGAAAUCGUACACGGAAGAGUCCCGACAUUUUUUUUUUUCUUUUAUUUGAAAAAAAAAAAAGAAAAAAACCAAAAAAGCGUUCAACUUCCGAGGACAGUGCAUCGCGUAUGCCGUAUUCGAUCUUAAUGUUAAAACGAUUUUUAUAUGUUUUCUAAGAAAAACAAAAAGAGGACCCUAGAUGGAGAAACAACGAAUGUUAUAUUAAAACUUUUUCUACGCAGUAACGAUCGAAACCAGCCGGCAAAACAUUCUUCGUAUCAUGUAAGGCGUGUAACUUUUAACUCUGCCAAGGUCAUCGUUCUUUAGUUCACGUAUAAAUUGCCGGAUCGUCGUAUUAAAUAAACCGCGAAAUUUAAAUACCGUCUACUGCGAAUAAAGAAGCUAAGGCGAAGCGACGACUUUGACAGCGUUAAACGGAAGCUUCCAACAACUUGUUAAAUUUUUUUGUUUCGAUGGAAUGUACGAACGUUUAAUGAAAUUUCCGGUUAAAGAUAGGGAAGAAGGAAUAGGCUGGAUCUGAAGAUCUAAAGAUCGAACAAGAAAACCACUGUACCCGUAAACUGCUCUGAGGUCGUUGUAAUUCCGCUUUCAGUUAAUCGUCGAGGUUUCAAUUAAUGGGAGAAUUAAUUAUCGUGUCUUUGUAUUCAAUUGUUUCACGAAGAUUAAUCUAGGAAUCAGAAAUUUAUGGCAAGUAGUUUACGUACAAUGUUGCUCGUAUAAUUAUUCGAACGACGUUAUGGUGUUGGAUUCCAAUAGAAUAAAUAACACUUUAUUAUAUAAAUCGUGACUAGGAUGUUUGGAUGAGUAAUAUUUGCAACAAUGGAAAUAUCUUACAACUCUUAUUAGUUAACGUUUGAAAAGUUAUACCUUAAGUAAAAGAAAGCAAGAAAAAAGAUUUUCGGAUAACAAGAUCUUUACGAAUCGUUUAUUUUACAAAUUCGUCGUUCGAAUAAUUGUAAACGGUAACAAAAAAUUUCUUGUUAGUUACGUCGAUGCUUCGACCAGCCCUUUCGUUUGACUUAGAAUAUUCCAGUCGAAUGUAACCUUACAUUUUCGUAGGCGUACCAUUCGACACAGCUUGUUCCUCGGUAAUCUGUAAUUUAGAUACAUAUCGUAUGUGCUUGUUGGUUGUUCGAAGUCGGAGGAACCAUUAAAUUCGGGGUUUCUAAGUUUAAGAUCUCCGUAUCCCUUGCGUUUAGGAAUCAAACACGCUGCGGAAUUCGGAGGAGCGUGUAGGUUAUGAUCUGUAACGCAGAGCAGAAUGUAUUGGUCGUUCGAGGCCACUGGGCUAACCUCUACCGCACUAUUUAAGUACCCCAUCCCUAUCCACUGUGUUCGAAAGGCAGCAUCUUUCUUGUUCCCUAUACUUUCUCUCAAACAGAGACGAACUAACUUCGAAGUGACUGUAAACGGCCAAUAUCAUCUGCUGCGAAUACAGCAAUUAUCGAUUUAGUCUAAAAACGCGAGCGAUCGUAGCUAUAAAUCGAAGAGAACCUAGUCAAUUGAUGAUCGUUAGUUGGUAACAUAGAUCGUAAUUAACUCAUUGGACUUUAGAACUAACUCGUUGAACUCCCAUGAACCAAACGGUUUUUAAAUCGUGUUAAACAUUUUAUUCGAAGCUUAUGGGAAUCUUUCAUUUUCUUUUUUUUUUAUAUUCCAUUUCCAUGUAAAACGUACGAAAUUGCGGGGAGACUUUAACGUAAAAUUUAACUAAUAUUUUAACGAAACGACUGGAGACUCUUAGUAUAAGUUAAAUUGUGAUCGAAAGAUAGAGUUAUUUGUUAUUAUCGUUAAGUGAAUUGAUAAAGAAUCGGCUCAAUUCGGCACGUUUCGUUGCGUUCAGUUGUUAUUGUAAUCAAUUUACGAGGGAAUCUCGCCGACAAGCGCAAUACACGCAUUAAGAUAUCAAAAAUGCUAGACGAUAAAGGUAAACCUAGCGUAAUGAUCAUCGGACGAGAGGCACGAAUAACGAAUCAAAAUUUGUUACGAUAGUUAAGUAGCGAUUACGGAGUAUCGGUUAGUUAGUAGCGGGUACGAUACCAAUUGUUAAGCUUAAAGGCACUUUUUUAUGACGAAACCUAAAUAAUUAGACAGUAAACGAUUCGCGGUCGAUUAGUAUUAAUGUAUUAUCUCGUAUAUCCGGUGUGCCCGUGAUAAUAUUCGAACGAUCGUCGUCGGAAUAAUACAGCGAACAGAACACGUAUGUAUCUGUUUGCUCACUCUCUGUUCUUCGAUAAGUUCAAUUCGACUCUGAUCCGUUUUUUCUCCAUCGAUUGCAAACGUUCGAAUGUUCUCGGGGCCCCGUUGUCUUUAGAUGCUCCGCAGAGUACGUUAAUUAAUUCUCGUACUGCCGAUUUUCCGUAAGACCGAACGUUGUUGGUUAAAAAGGGACGUUCGGCGCUCGAACGUGUCGCGGGAUAAAAAUAACAACUUUGCGAACAUGGAACAAGCACUGUUCGUAGACCAUCGUAUCGUCCUUCACCCGGACCUUUCUCCAUUACUCGUAGCGUUCAUACUCGCGAUCCUUGUUCGUUAGAUCACAGGUUAGGUAUUGGUGAGUACCGAUGAGGCCGACUCGAUUUCGAACAGUAUUCGCCCGGCAAAAAUUGUAUCUUUAGGUCAGAUCCUCGCCACGCGUCGACAACUUGUAUCUCGCAACAGCUGAAUUCUAAGUUCA